AUGACCAUUAAACCUUUACAUGAGCUAAAGGGCCAUAAAGCCCCAGUACUUACCUUAGACUAUUCAGAUAAGACAUUUCUUGGAGACAGCACUCUUGCAUCUGGCUCAGAGGAUAAGACAUGUCGUCUAUGGGAUCUUAGAACAAAUAAAGUAAUUAAAGGAAUACAAAAACUGGACAAUCCGGUUACUUCUGUCAAAUUUGCAAGAAAGUCUGACUUGCCAUUAUUUUAUCUUUCAUCAGGAAAUAAGGUUUAUGUAUACGAUUUAAGAGCAGAAGGCCCUCUAUGUACUAUGCCUAGUAAAACGUUUGAGUUUAGCAACGAUGAGAUUAACAGUAUUGAUGUGAAUGAAAAUAAUAAGUUUUUAGCCACCGCUGAUGAUGAUGGAAACGUGAAUAUAAUCGACCUUGGCAGUGACAAAAUAUACAAAAAGACGACAAAAAAGCAUCAAACUAUUUGCAUGACUACAAAGUUUCGUCCUAAAAAAUCAUGGGAUGUAUGGUCUGGUGGAAUGGAUAGCAAAGUCUAUGAGUGGGAUUUCUCUCGUGGUCUACCAACCAACAUUUACGACAUGAAUCCUGAGGAACCCACUACUGCCCAAAUGUUCAAUCCUCCCUUUGUCUAUUCCCUGGACAUAACGAAUGAUGGCAAAUGGGUAGCUGCAAGCUUGGGAGAUACAACAAUUCAGAUGAUAUCACCACCAAGCAAAAAAGUAAAGUCGACUUCAAAAAUUAGACUCAUCAAUGGUCAUAACACAAUGGUGAAUUGCAUGUCCUUUAUAGAAACCCCAAACCAGUCAGCAUCACUAAUUUCAGGAGCAGCCAAUGGUGGAUUAGCCAUUUGGACUGGCUUUUAUAAUUGUUCUUCAACGACCCUUGAGCCAGCUCAAACAUUUCAAGUUGAUACAGCCACAAUGCAAAAGGUGAAUUGGCUGAAAGCUUAUCAUAAGGACGACCAACUUCAUGUAGCAAUAGCCGGUGUAGGCUCAACACCUGAAUCAGGUUCACUCUGCAUUUAUGCAUUACCAAAAGUAGUAAACUAA